UCAACUUUGAUUACUAUUUACUAUUUAGUAUUUUCUUUGAUUUAGACAUCUCAGCUGUUUCCAUUCUUAUUAAUUAAUUUAAAAACAAAAAUUUCAUAAUUAUACGUAAUUAAUUUGCUCGUGGAUUUUAUAUUAUGACAAUAUUUAAACAUAUAUAAUUUUGUAAUAAUAUUAUUAGUUUUACUGUCCUAAAGAAGGGUGAGGAAAUUGUUUGUGAUUUCUGUGUAUCUUACAAACGGUAAUAAAAAAAUAUGGAGGAUGAUUAUAAAUUUGCGGCUAGUACAUUUUUCGCCAAGAACCAUCCCGGUGAAACUUGUGGAAGCAACGGAUUACCAUUGACGCCCAGUUCGAUAACUAUUUUGGGGCGUUCUCAACGCCUCCUCCAAAUUGAACAUCCAAAUCUGUGCACUUAUCUGGAUAUUAUUAGGGGGAAACAUGAAAGAAUUAUAGUAGUUGCAGAAGUGAUUGGCAAGGCUCUUGCAGAUUAUACUACAAAAUUUUCCUAUGAAGAAAUUAUUAAUAUUGCUACUCAAAUAGCUUGUGGCAUGAAAUUGCUUCAUGAUGGAGACAUAAUACAUAGAACUCUGAGUGAUGAUAAUAUUCUUCUUGAUAGUAAUGGUAGAGUCAAAUUGUUCCAUUACGGAAUGUUUUAUAUGACCAAUGAGGGAAAAGAAGUACCUUUUCCUCUUGGCCUGCCGCGGUAUUUCAGCCCAGAAGCUAUCAUUGGCGGAGGCGGGCCUUCAGCAGACGUUUGGGCAUUUGGUAUAAUAAUUCUAGAGCUGUUUAUUGGAAAAUUAUGGAAUAAUUUGAAACCCAGUCCAACAUUAAGAAGAAUUCUCACUUUGGUUCAUAGUAACAACCCCGCUGAGAGAAUUGCAAGAGAACAUUAUGCUCUAGAUGCAUACAAGGAAAUACCAGAAAAUAUAAGGGGCAUAAUAGAGAAAUGUCUCAGAAUAUAUCCAUCGGAAAGAGCCACAUUUAAAGAUUUACAUUCGGAACUAUCCAUCAUGAACACACGGACACCGUCUGAAAUUAAACCCGUUAGAGGUUUGAUGGGUUGCAAGUUGCAAUAUCUUUACCACUGGUGGCAAUUGGCUGGUGGGGAUAUUCAGGCGGAGUUGAAGAAAAAUGGACUCAUUAAAAACAGUCCACCUAUAUUGUCUAUGCCCAUCGCCAUUCUGUUAGAUGGUCCCACAAUAGGCGGUAAGACUGGGGCGUUGUUCGACCGGCGCAUCGCUAAAUAUAGCUUGGAUUUAUUGAAAAAUCGCCUCAGUCAUAUACCACCAAGCGAUUUUUAUCCACUGAUGCACGAAAGGAGGCGAGAUUACGAGGCUAUGGCUUUGCCAAAGAUUAUAAGGGAACGGGAUACUGAAUAUCAGUUCUACAGACUGCUGUGGUUCCAGAGGCUACUGCAUGGUUAUCCGUACACGGCACAAUGUAUAAGGUCGGAAGCAGAAAUCGAUAUCCCCCCUCUUGUAAGGGGGGAUGUAUGGGCCGCCUUGUUAGGAGUUUUAGGAGAUAUAGAAACACACUAUGAAAGAAUAGACAAGGAAACACCCACACACACAGACAGACAGAUCGAUGUGGAUAUACCCCGGUGUCACCAGUACUGCUGGCUGUUGUGCGGCGCUGAAGGACACAAGAAACUCAAGAGACUACUGAAGGCUUGGUUACUGACAAACCCACAGUACGUUUACUGGCAGGGCCUGGACUCACUGACGGCACCGUUCCUAUAUCUGAACUUCUGCAAUGAAGCUCGAGCGUUCGCGUGUCUGACAGCGUUCGUGCCAAAGUUCCUCCACAAGUUCUUCCUCAAAGACAACAGCGCUGUGAUAAAGGAGUACUUGGCGAAGUUCUGGCAAAUGGCCGCCUUCCACGAGCCGCAGCUCGCGACGCACCUGCACGACAUCAACUUCGUUCCAGAACUGUUCGCCAUACCCUGGUUCCUGACUAUGUUCUCGCACGUAUUCCCAUUGCACAAGAUCGUCCACCUCUGGGACGCACUCCUGGUGGAGGGUCCGUCCCUGCCCCUGUUCAUGGGCACCGCCAUACUCCGCCAGCUACGCGAUACGCUGCUGGACUCCGGCUUCAAUGAAUGUAUCCUCCUGUUCUCGGAUCUGCCGGAAAUUGAUAUAGGAGAAUGCGUUAAGGAAUCAAUAGACAUGUGUCGCAGCACGCCGAAGAGCCUCAGCUAUAGAAGAUUUACAAACGAACCCGAAAUAAAAGAUCCCAUGGAUAAGGUUGAAAUUCCAAUGGAGACACUUCUAAACGAAGUCUGCCCACGGAUAAGCCUGUCCGAUUUCUUCUCUCUGAUAUGUCAAGACAAGUGCUGUGUGGUUGACAUAAGAUCCAAUUUACUCUAUGAGAAAAGCUGCAUAGAAGGCAGCAUAAACAUUCCAUACAGCGGAGUACACCUCGGACAACAUGAGCUUAAGUCGUUGGGGCCUCAAUCGUACAAGGUGCUGGUAGAAGCUGUAAGAAUGAACAAGAUCAUAGUAGUUGCCUCCGCUGAAGACGGAACAGCACAACUGUUCAGUUCGUACCUGGUGAAGUGUAUGGUGGCCAGGGUCUGUGUUCUUCAAGGUGGUGUUGCAGCGCUUCACACUCACGUGCCAUCACUCUUCAUAACACAGAGGAAGACGGCUAUCAAAUAAUACUCAAUCAUUAUAAUAUGUAAUUGGUGUUAUACAUUGUACUGUUUACAAAAUUUAUCUUGUUUCGUUGGCGUUUGUUAACCACUCAAUUAAUUACAAUAAAUCAAUUUAUUGCUAUUAUAAAUAUUGAGUUUUAGUUACUGGCUGUAUAUAUUAAAUUAUUUUCUUUAUACAUUGAACAAAUUUUAAUAUAAAUGACUAAUAAUGAAUUUUGAAUAAUAUUGUACGCGAGAUAAUUUAAGAUAAUUAAAUUUAAAGAUAAUUUUGUUUAUUUUUAUUUAUUUUUUUAAUUUAAAGAUAAUUUUGUUUAUUUUAUGCAUUAGAAUAUGAUCUCUUUAUAUGAAAUAUUUUGUUAUUUAUAUAAAUUUGUCUCUGUUGUUUACAUUUUUGUAUUACAGAGGUUAAGUUUAAUACAAUAGAUUUGAUGCCGUGGUAAUAUCUCGAAGAAUAAUUUGUUAUUAUUAAAAUAUUUAUAAUAUUUUAUUUAAAGUUAUUUUAAAACGACACGAAUUGAAAUUCAUGUUAUAUAAAGAAUUAUCAAAGAUAAGAAAAAUCAUGUUACAUUUAUAAUUGUCUCUGUAAAUAUAUAUAAAUAAAAUGUA